GGAGUUGUCGAUGGAUUUUGGAAACUCGGCCGAGUUCGAGAUCUAAAGAGUAAGGUUCGAGCGGUGAUGAACUUCAACAUGCAAAACCCGAACGCUAAGAACAUUCAAAUGCUACCCGGAAAAUUUUAUGGGGAAAAAUCCAAAAGUGCUAAUUGUACUUCCAACCCGCAGACUAAAGUUAAAUGA